CAUGGAAGCUGUUGAAACUAAAAGUGAACCAAGGACGGGAGCCAAGGCAAAAGGGGAAAACCGUUGCCCCGCCGACAGUUUACACUACGCUACACUACACUACAAACCCUCCUGAGUGCUGCUGGGUGCCCUGCCCUGCCUGUGCUUGCUUGAUUGCCUUGCUUGACCACCACCUGCCUGACAAGGGCCUCCAUAGUACAAUAUCCACACCCACCACCACAACCUAAGCAAGUGGUUCAGUCCACUCGCUCUUAACCUUGUUUCUCACCAUUCCCAUUCGACGGCUCUUCUCCAACAAGAACCCCUCGAUCAACAUUGAUUGACCGCCGCGACACAGGCACGGAGGCCUAAAACAACAUCUCUCCCAAUCUCCUGCUACCAACCAUACUGUGUGCCGACUAACCAAGUGCUUGACCGCCUUGGCCGCCGCAAUCCGCAUUCCUCGCAACACAACACAAGCAAGCCCCCCCGUCACAACCUCAAUUCGCGCUUUCCCAGCACCUUUUGCGACUCCCCAAAACAUUCGAUUGUGUUGUUGCAUCGUCAGUCACCACUCAGUUUUGGCCGAGCCGGAAUCGCAAAAAGUCAGACACGACAACAGGAACACAACAUCCAAUCUCCGCCACUCGCUCCUGAGUUGCCUUCGUUGCGCACUUUCACCCAGACAAUUUCCGCACUGCCGCUUUCUCCCAACUCGGUGUGAGUAAGCUCGUCUGCCUUCAGUGCUGCUUUGUUUUGAAUUCCUUCUUCACAUUUGCACCACAAUCUUUGUUUGCCUGCCUACCCAAGGUCCCCCCCACCGAAGAAUCACCAAAAGAAAAGAAGAAAAAAAAAGAGAGAGAGAGAGAGCAAGCAACAACCAAAAAGCUCCCAACCCGUUUCCGUUCGUUGACGACUUGUCGUUGUUGUUGUUGCUGUGGUUGGCUUGAGGAGAGGCUGUUUGGGAGAAGCGUACGAAACGCCGUACCGUUGCCGGACGCUAGACCACGCCAACUUUAACGCCGUCAGAAACGAAAGAGUUACGGGAGGGGGCGGUGACCGAACACCCAAAAAAAACAAACACCCCUAACUCUCUACAUCCCUCACCUCACCUACCCGCAAAAUACACACGUCAGCCUUGUUAGCAUGUCGUCGUCAAGCAAGUUCCGCAGCUCACACCACUAUCAUUCGCAGUCGGUGUCGUCAAUCCUAGGCAGGCACGAUAGCACCAGCCCCGGCGCAGAACUCCAACGACGACCGACCACCACCUCGUCCUACACAUCCUCUGGUAGCGCCAGCCGACGAGUACCACGCGACAACGGGACGAGAUCGAGCGAUGGGACAGUGAGUACCAUGAUGAGCACCACAUCGUCGACCGGAAGAGAAUCAGCAGCAACUACGGCCAUGACCGAGGGCCCGGCCUACUCCAAGAAGGUGGUGGUCGUGGGCGAUGGCGGUUGCGGAAAGACAUGUCUCCUGAUCAGUUAUAGUCAGGGAUACUUCCCAGAGAAAUAUGUCCCAACCGUCUUUGAGAACUACAUCACCUACCCAACGCAUCCACCGACCGGUAAGACCGUCGAGCUCGCCCUGUGGGAUACCGCCGGCCAAGAGGAAUACGACCGCUUGCGACCGCUUUCAUACCCAGAAACCGACCUUAUUUUUGUCUGCUUCGCCAUUGACUGCCCCAACUCCCUCGAGAAUGUCAUGGACAAGUGGUACCCCGAAGUCCUCCACUUCUGUCCGUAUACACCCCUUAUCCUCGUCGGCCUCAAGUCCGACCUCCGCAAUAAGAAGACGUGCAUCGACAUGCUCAAGACACAAGGUCUCACCCCCGUCACCACCGAACAAGGACUCGCCGUCGCUAAGAAGAUGGGCGCUCAGUACAUGGAGUGCUCAUCAAAGGAGAUGAAGGGUGUAGAGGAGAUUUUUGAGCAGGCCAUCCUCACAGUAGUCGCCAACGACAGGAAAACACUGGAACAGGAAGCCGCGAACGGCAUGCUGGGUGUUGGCGCGGGCUCGGGAAGCGGAAAGGGCAGCGGAAUCUCGUUCAGCAGUGGUGACAAGGCCGGUUCCGGGAUAGGGCCCGUCAAGGCGGCCGGUGUGGGUGGCACGAUUGUCCCGAAAACGAGGAAGAAGAAGAGAAAGUGUGGUAUGAUGUGAGGAAACCAAGGGAAGGAAAACAAGGGAUGAACAGCAGCUAUACAGGAUUCGACAUCCACACCCACUCUACCAAGACCGAGCCGAGCCGAGCUUGACAGCCCGCAUAGCGCAUACCGAUACCAUUACCGAUACCGCUUUUGCAACGGAUGGAGGACACAGCUCUGGAUGGAUGAAACGGUUUGGAUGGUCUGAUGGUUGGAUUGAAACCGACCGAGGAGGAUGUGAUCGAACAAUGUCGAAUUGGCGAUUGAUGCUUGCAUAGCGAAAAGCAGCUGGGUCAAUGGCUAUUACAUGGCGAAUUUGGUGUUGUUCGUUUGCUGUAAGGGAGUACAAGGAGGGGAAAGGAGGCAAGAAACAUGGUGACAAGGGAAAGGAAGGAAGACGAAAGGGGAAAGGGGAGGGAAGGUAAUGACACCUGACUGGACUGGCAUGCAUGCAUGAUUUGCAACGAACUACAACCACACACUUACACACUACACUACACUUACUACGGCUACACUACCUUAUUACUCGUUUUAUUUUCUGUCUUACUUUCUGUCCGUUUUCUCUUACACAUUUUCUUUAUCAUUGCAGUUAGCUUCUCUUGUUCCUGUUUUGGUUUUGCUGCUACCUCAUCUUCUUUUUACUCAUCUAGAGGAAUGAGGGGAGGAGCCUUCUCUGUUCUCGUCGUAUUCCCUGCCUAGGUUUCACAUGGGGGAACAUUUCUCAUGCGGCGAUGGCGGCAUAGCAUAAGCGGCGUGCGUGACUCGAAAAGAAAGAGUUCGGUUACUGGCUUGCUACUUCAUUUUUGAGUUCCCGUUGGUUUGUACGUAUACCUUUCCGUGUCCGUGUUAGGUUUGAUACCUGCGUAGGAUAGUGCAGUGGAGAGACAAUCAAAGGAGAGAGCCGAAGCAACGAAUGACAAUAGCAAAAUAUUUGUUAUUGGCAUUGACGUUGCAUGAGAACUUAUCCCUG